AUUUUCCGUUUACAGUAAAACAGCGUUAGGGGGCGUAUCUGACGUGCACCGCGAAAGAGAGACAUAGGGAUUCGUUUUCCGAUAGAUUGCUUUCUCUUCGUUUGUGCAACUGAAAUUCUGAAAGGGUUUAUCGCAAAUGUGUAUGACGUCACUCCGGAGGCGUGCGAAAACGGCGCGUGACCGCACCACCAGCACCCCUACCCUUACUUGCAGAGACUUGAUUGAUAGAUGCGCGUCCACAUUUAAUACCCCUAUACAACCUUUGCGGCGCUGGCCCCCAAGGACACAAAUACGUAUUACGUGUUCGCACAGUAAAACAACAAAGAAAAAUGCGAACACGAUAGCCUGCCACCGAAGCAAAGCAUGUGAUGAAAUUAGUGAUUUACAAUGCGAAAAAAUCGUUAUAAUAAAAUUGUGAAACAUGCACCACCCUGGCGGUCAUCUGCACUUGGUCUCGGCCGUCACCUAGCAACGGGGACGCCUUGUUGCACCUGCUGCACUGCGGCACCGGAAGGGAACAGAAUGCCGAGCCGAUCCAGCAAGCCGGCUGCCCGCCCACGACAUGCUGAUUCGGCGACAGUGGCUAUUUUUCGGUCACUGGAGCUUACCGUCGUCCUACGUCCGGUUCUGAUUGCACGGCUCGUCAACCGAUCAGAUCAUCCCACUAUAAAGUCAUCUAAGGGGGUGGGCCAUAGCUGGUCCUUCGAUUGCUGCAGAGAGCUCCUCUACCAGAAGUGAAAAGUGGCUUGUGAUGAGCAUUUUAAGGCUCGCCGGUGAAUCCCCCCUGCCGGAAAAAAGCUGGAAAAAAUUGUUUGCCAAUAAAAAUAAGUCUGCACACCAAAUGCUCUUCUUUUAGAUAACGUGUUCAGUAGCACUGAAAGGUUUUACGCGUUUAAUUUUGUCGCAACAUGAUGCUUAAUUUGAUGAAACAUUUCACAGAAGAGGAACUUCCUGAAUGAAGACAAAUAUCGGUUACGUGUGAAAAGUAUGUGUAUGGUAAUCCGUAUCGCGCAUGCUUUGUUUAGUUAGUGAAUCCAUAGCAAUGCUAAUUAUGUCUGGUCCAUAAUUUCUUUAGUACAGCAUUUUCGUUUUUCUAGAACCUAAUACUGAACUGUGCUGCGGCAGUGGCCUUUUCAGCCAAGGAACAUGGCUUUGUGGCUGUAUCUUUUGUUUAUGGGAUGCGUUUUCAAACCGAAUAAGGGUGGACUUGGGAAAACUAGUUCUUUUGUUUGAUCCUAAUAGAUACGUUCUGGAUUUCUUAUAUAUGCCUCAUAUGUCGCACCUACGCAUAUAUCAAAUUAGACAAUGACACGUUGCAUUGAUUUAUAAUGCAGGAGCGCUUAAGCAUGCUUGGCUAAGGUCAGAUCAGGUAAUCUUCGAUAAUCGUGGUUCGGUAGUUAUACAAUUUUCUUCGUUAAAAAUGGUGUGUUGACUUUUCUCGACUGGGCGGGUAUUUGAGAGAGGAUGGCUAACAUCUUACAGCAUAAUCGUUAACUACAUUUCUUAUGUGGUCAAACAGAACUCAACCAAACAAAAAUGUAAACCACUGCAAAGAAAUGUGACAAAAAAUGCGACUAUUUUGCGGGGGUAUGCAUACUGCAAUACAAACUGACAGCGUUGCAGGUAGUUAAUAGGAGAGCAACCACGGGCAUGUUACAUAUGGAAAAUAUUUAUCACCUACUGUACGCAACUCAUCCCCAUGCCCCCCUUUCGACGACAAAGUGAAAUUGGCCUGUUAAUGCAGCGCCACCUAAGGAGAUGGCGCCCUAGGCGGCCGCCUAUGUCGCCUAAUGGAUUGACAGGGACUGAGUAUUAUCCUGAAGAUCUUUUUGAAAAGGACUGAUGACGAUUAAUAAAGAGACUCAUCCUGAAGCCAUGUCAGACACAACCAACGAUGUGCCCUUGUAGCUGUUAAACGUGUUGAUGUUUUCUUUUAGUCUUUACCUUCUGUGUUGACCUUUUGUCUCACUGUUGAUGUUAAUCUAUGAUAUUUUCUGUCUCUCUCCCUUUAGACAUGAGUCGUUUUUGCUCUGUUAACAACAAUUUCCCCUAUGAUAACCAUAUCCUCGUCUUGGACAUGGUCCUGAGUUCCCUCUGGAGCGUCCCACAGCCGAUUGACUGGGAGAAUGUUGCUCGACUCGUGCCUGGAUUUACACCCAAAGAGUGUGCAAGGAGAUUCGAGGAACUGAAGAACUCCGGGAGCUUCUAUCAUGUGGACAACCAGUGCAACCCACUAACAGUAGGGGGCAGCAUGUCCUCUGACACACUGUCCCCCAACAUCAAGUCUGCUCUCUUGGAACCAGACGUGGAAGGGGGGGAGAUGCUGGUCAGCCCAAGCAACAUCUCAGUGACUGGUUUGUCUGUGACCCCUUCAGGGAGAUGUACAGGGGCUGACAGCGACUGCGCCAUCUCACCCGAGGAAGAGAAGGUCGAUGGGGAUAAGGGGCCUAACAUGGUUAUCCAUGUCUGCGACGAGGCCAAGAACCUGAAGCAGGACUUCAUGUGUCCACGAGACCUCCUGGUGAGCGAGAUGAAGUAUUUUGCUGAAUACCUGUCCACCAACGCCCAGCGCUGGGAGGAGGUGGACAUCUCGGUGCACUGCGACAUCCAGAUUUUCGACUGGCUCAUGAACUAUGUGAAGAGGCGCAUGAAUGACAGCGAGGACAGGCCGAAGCUAGAACCCAGCAAUGUGAUCUCAAUCCUCAUCUCCUCCGAGUUCUUGAAGAUGGAGACUUUAGUUGAGGAAUGCGUGCAGUAUUGUCAUGGACACAUGAGCGCCAUCGUAGCCACGCCAUGCAACAUGAGCUGCAUUAAUAACAACCUCAGCACGCGCAUAGCAGAUCUCUUCAGCCACAGAGAGGCCGAGGAGAUCAAGGACAAGAAGGACAAGUUCAAAAGCAAAUUGUUCCAGAAGAAAAUCGAGAGGCUUUUUGACCCUGAUUACAGGAAUCCCGACUCCCCAGGGAAUGCGUCUACCUUAUACAGGUGCAGCUUGUGCAAUAAACUUCUAACCAAAGAAACAGAGAGAAAGAUUUCCUGCAUCCCUGGAAAAAUUAACAUUGAUCCCACUGGAAACAUCGUAUACCGCCAUAGCAGGCAGAAGAACUGGGAUGUCCAUGACUACAUCAACGGUCUGUAUGAGGAGCUCAAAUCCUGGGAACUUGUCUACUGGAGGAUCUGGGGCACUGUGAACUUCCUCACCUGCGCCUCCUGCAGGCAGGUGUUUCUGUGCAUCGAGCUGUCACAGUGCAGAUAUCACCCCGAAGCUGUACUGUACCCUUCCUUGGGGUCAGAGCCCACCUGGCAUGGUACCGGCCUCUACCCCUGCUGCAACCAGAGGGUGCUGCGCUUCGACCCCACCGGCCUGCCUAAGGGCUGUAAGAUGAAGGAUCAUUUUGUGGCUGAGGAGGCCGACUGCGGUGACGCCCAACUGAGCUCAGAUCAGGCGCGAGUGUUUGAGGACCUUCUCCUGCACAGAGAGGCAGUGUGCAUGCCCAGCUCCCAAGUGCCUGAUGGUGCAGAGGACCCUGCUGCCGGAGGGGAACGACCCCAGGACUGUGACAUCCUGCUGGAGCCUGGCGCCCUACGGACUCCCAAACCGGGCGACAUCACAACGUUUUCACUGUUGAGAAACUGGAGCUUGCAGCUGAGGCAGCAGUCCCUGCUCUCUGAAGACGAAGAAUACACCACCGGCUCCGAGGUGACAGAGGAUGAGGUCGGGGACGAAGAGGAGAUCUCCAGGAAACAAGAAAAAGGUGCAAAGAAAGCCAAGAGGCCGAGCAAACCUCUGAAGAGGCAGAUGUCAUCGCCGCGUUUCCAGCGGAAGGAGCGGAGGCCGGAAAAGGCACCUUCCCGGGACACGACGCCGUUCACAGUGAGCCUUCAGAAGAGCAAAUGGGACAGCAGCCGCUCCAUGCGAUUCAACCAAGACGCCCAACGAGAAGAAGAUCAGCGAAGGAUGGUUGAAAUCAUUGAGCAUCUCACCAAGAUCAGAUUUGGUGACUUGGAGCAGAGCAAAUCAAAGGAAACUGAGCAUGCGGGAGGGGUCUACUCCAGACUGGAGGCCCAGAUCAUGGCCCAAGCCAGCAGCAGACAGUCCAGCUCAGAAAAGACUCUCAGAGCAAAGGCACGUCUUACACAGGGAAGACCGACCUAGAGAAGGAAGACCAGCAGUGGCCUGGUGCUCCUUGUAGCCGCUCCCAGGAUCUCUCCCCGGAAGGUGCCUGAGGCCCAGUCUCCUCCCCCGCCCCCACCCCUCCACCCCCAGGCCAUCCCCUGUCCUCAGGUUCCCUGCCCAGCUUCGCCUCGCGUGGCCUGGUUUCAGCCAGAGACCCGCAGCCCUCUCAGGCCGAUUCAGGUGACUUUGUAACACUCACCUCCUGUCAGCUUCUCGCCUGGAUCUUCUCCCCGGCCGACUGCGGUGCACUGCUCCCCGGAACUCAGCACUGGGGAUUAAAAUUACAGCUAGAGCUGCUUUAAAAAAAAAAAACGGGAGCAAACCUAAGUCCAUACCGGCGCCCUCAGGACAAAGAUAACGGGAAAUCACUGGGUGUCUAAGGAAGGGCAAAACUGAUCUUGCUAUUGGUCGCAGUUUAAUCCUAAUUCCAUACUUAAAUGUGUGUUUUUACUUUUAUUUAAAAAAUUUUUCAGCCCUUCUAGGAAGACGUAUAUCACUGGGUUCAGCUUGUGACCAUUUACUCCUGGUUUAGUUUUAGGUAAUGAUGUAACAAACUAACCUGAAGCUGAGUAUAUCAAUACUCUGGGUAAAAUAUCUAGAAUUGUUGAAGAUGUCAUGUACUCAGAUUGCACUAAUAUUCCAUUAAUAAAACUUUAAAUUGC